ACUUUGGCUCCCCAGGGCCGCAAGCAGCACUGCGGGGUGUGGGGCGGACCCAGGAGAUGAAAUGACAACGCCAACCCUCCAGAAAGCCAUUGAUCUGGUGACGAAAGCCACAGAGGAUGAUAAAGCCAGGAAUUACAAGGAGGCCCUACGGCUGUACCAGCAUGCGGUGGAGUACUUCCUCCACGCCAUCAAGUAUGAGGCGCACAGCGACAAAGCCAAGGAGAGCAUUCGAGCCAAGUGCGUGCAGUACCUAGACCAAGCCGAGAAGCUGAAGGAUUACUUACGGAACAAGGAGAAGCACAGCAAGAAGCCAGUGAAAGAGAAUCAGAGUGAAGGCAAGGGCAGUGAUAGUGACAGUGAAGCGGAUAACCCAGAAAAAAAGAAAUUGCAGGAGCAGCUGAUGGGUGCCGUUGUCAUGGAGAAGCCAAACAUACGGUGGGAUGACGCGGCGGGGCUGGAAGGGGCCAAGGAGGCCCGCAAAGAAGCUGUCAUUUUACCGAUUAAAUUCCCACAUUUGUUCACAGGCAAGCGCACCCCCUGGCGAGGGAUACUGCUCUUUGGACCUCCUGGCACAGGGAAAUCCUAUCUGGCCAAAGCUGUGGCCACGGAGGCCAACAACUCCACCUUCUUCUCUGUGUCCUCCUCAGAUUUGAUGUCAAAGUGGUUGGGGGAGAGCGAGAGGCUAGAGAAGAACCUGUUCGAGCUGGCCAGGCAGCACAAGCCUUCCAUCAUCUUCAUCGAUGAGGUGGAUUCCCUCUGCGGCUCCCGAAAUGAGAACGAGAGCGAGGCUGCCCGAAGGAUCAAAACAGAGUUCUUGGUCCAGAUGCAGGGGGUGGGCAAUAACAAUGAUGGGACCCUGGCUAUCCCCUGGGUAUUGGAUUCGGCCAUUAGAAGGAGGUUUGAAAAACGAAUCUACAUUCCGUUGCCAGAGGAAGCUGCUCGUGCGCAGAUGUUCCGGUUACAUCUGGGGAGCACUCCCCACAGCCUCACAGAUGCCGACAUCCACGAGCUGGCCCGCAAGAUGGAGGGCUAUCCUGGGGCAGACAUCAGCGUCAUCGUGCGGGACUCCCUCAUGCAGCCCGUCAGGAAAGUGCAGUCGGCAACACACUUCCAGAAGGUCUGUGGUCCUUCUCGCACCAACCCUGGCGUCAUGAUCGACGACCUCCUGACGCCAAGCUCACUGGGAGACCCCGGGGCCAUGGAGAUGACGUGGAUGGAUGUCCCUGGUGACAAACUCUUAGAGCCUGUGGUUUGCAUGUCGGACAUGCUCCUCUCUUUGGCCACCACUCGGCCCACGGUGAAUACAGAUGACCUCCUGAAAGUGAAGAAAUUCUCAGAGGACUUCGGCCAGGAGAGCUAAAAGCUGCUUCAUUAGGGUGAUGAAGGUGGGAGAUCGACUGGGGCACAUCGAUGGUUCUCUCUGCGUCAGUGGCCGGACAGGGCUCUGGGCUCGUCCUAAAGUCACUACAGCAUCCCCUCUGCUGGCGUGCGUCCGGGAGCAGGAAGGAAGGGCCUCGCAGGGCCUGGCGGC